CAAGCUUAAAAAUGAAUGGGGAUGAUAUUGAUGACUUUUUGUGCAUUUUAUUAUUGUUAAAAUUGAAAAAAUGUAUCAAAAGCAAAAAUGAAGUUUUAACUAAAAUCAAAAAUAUUCUCUUACUUGAACAAAAAUGUGAAAAAAGCAUAAUCCAAAGAUAUCAGAACAAUACAAAAUCAAACAGAAUAUCCAAUUGCAAAUAUGAAGAUGAUUGCAUGAAUUUCGAAAAUUUUAGCGAUGAAAGCGAGUUUGAUAAUUUAAAUUUGACAAAAGGUGUAAAUGUUUACAAUAAGAGUGAUUUGAUGCCAUGUGAAGUAAAAGCACCAUUGCGACAGCCAAUUAACGAAUCUGAUACAAAUUCGACUACCAGAAACAGAAAAAACGAAAUGUGUGAGUUAUGUGGAAAAAUAGUCCGCAGAUCAAAUUUUGAAUUUCAUAUGAAUUCCCAUUUCAACAGAAAACCUUUUAAAUGUGAUGUCAAUAAUUGUAAAAUGUCCUGUUCUUCACCUUCUGCGCUUUUCAGUCAUAAGAAGUUGCACUCGGCUAUCAAAGAAUUUUCGUGUGACUUAUGUUCUGCAAAAUUUAAUCUGAAGGGAUGUCUUCUAAAACACAAAACGACACAUUUAGAACCUCGGCUCAAGUGUGAUAUGUGUGAUAGUAUGUUCAAGAGUAAAUUCCGACUAAAUUUUCAUAUUAAAAAUAUCCAUGGAGAAUUUGAAAAUAUUGAAUGCACAAUACCAUCAUGUGGAAGAAACUUUAAAAAUUCACAUUAUCUUAGAAAACAUCUGCGAAAGUUUCACAACAUUAAAGUGAGAUCACGUGUUUCAAAAUUCAAUAUGUAGUAUAUUGAAA